UCAAAGCUUGCAUGGACAACCCUUUCCGGUCCAUCAUCACCUUCAACAAGGAAAAUAUCACCUCAACCAUCCCGCAACAUGGCGAACACAACCUGCUCCGGCACCGUGAUGCCGGAUAUUCAUUAACCUCCCAGUCCCCCAGAACACUAACAUGGUUGUGACGAGCAGCGCAAACCUGACCGGAUCGCAUCUGGGCAUGGAGGCCUGCUUCUAGCCGAACAUCGUUCAGGUCAUCGACGAGUGCUGGAUAUGGUGCGAAAUACCCAGGUCCUACUUCAACGGCACAUAAGGAUGGCGCAGCUUGCCAGAUGGAAUCUUAGCUUGUUCCAUAGGAGCAAUGCCAGGGGGAAUGGGAUCAUCGGUUUCCAAAUGAACGCGGCAGCUCGGCCUGAGAUGGGCUCGGCAAGGAAAGCGGUUUUUGGGCGCUGGCGUUGUCUGGACUCGUUUACAUUUUGUAAAAGACAGAUUGUCGAAGUCGCAAAGGCCAGCGGCGUCACACUUCUUGGUCGUCUUGGGAUCUGGGAGAUCCAGUACAUACUAUGUGGAGGCCAAUUUAAUACUGAGUGGUGAGGUGGUAAUCCGUGGUUACUUAAAAGUUAUGCAAUGCUAC